CUACAUUUAUUUUUGCUUAGAAUUUGGAAAUAGUAAUACUUAUUUUUGAAUAAACAAAUAAUAAUGGCAACAUUAUUAUUACAACAAACUCGUCCGAUGAAUCGCAAGCAACGUUUAUUAGAAUAUCUCAAUAUUCAACGAAGUGACAAUUCGAAAACAAAACCCAACGAGAAACAAAUUGAUAAGGAUAUCGAAGCUGUAUUCGAAGAAUUGAUAGCAGAUUCAGAUGAUGCAGUUUACGUUACGGAUCUUAAAGUAACAGAAAAUAUACAAGUUAAUCCAACGCUUCAAAUAAAUUCUGAAAGUGAAAAUUUGAAGAGUCCAUUAGCGAAAAGACGAAGGCUAUCUGAAAUUGAAGCUGAAGACUUUGAAAAAUAUUGUGAAAAAUAUGAAUCCGUUGUGGAAACUGCUAACUUUCUUCAUCAGCAGCUACAGGAUGUGGCAAACGAUGGAAUCAUCUUAAGCGAAGAUACAGAUGUGUCUUAUGAUGAUGUUGAAAGUGUAAGCGUCGUUAGGGAACAUUCACCAAUUCAACGAAACAAGAGGAAACGACGAGCAACAAAAAAACCAGUGAAGAGAAUACUCCAUGUUACUGGAGAUUCUACUCUAGAAUACUUUGAAGAUUGCCAAACAGUUGACGAUGUCGAAGCACUUGAGCACCAAGAAAGUCCACCAAUCCAACAAAAGAAAAAGAAACGUCGUGUCAUUAAAAAGAAAUCUUACACAAACUUUGUCCACAUUACAGGCGAUUCGCCCACACACAAAUCUUAUAUCAAAAAAUCAUCACCAAGCUCUUCCGACACUGAUGAUGAAGCUAUUCAGCUUUCACCUUCUAAUUCAAUUUUAUAUCCUUUUGUACCUGAUACCGAUCCUCAAAACAUCAUAAUUGGACCAAACAAAACUUCUGUUGACAUAAACGAUUUCGAAAACAUCGAUUGGAAUCUUUCGGCUCCAAUAGUUACCAGAAAACUUUUGUUGUAUAUUUUUGGACGUGAUAUUCUGUCUACACAUAGCUUAACAGGAAAACCCUCACCAGCUUUCUUGGACCAGAAUAAACCAUUGAAGAAACCUUUGGACCCCAAAAAGGUAGCUGAUAUUAUUUUUAUCGUUACACAAAAGAAGAAUGUCAAAGCCAAGGAAGUACGUCUGACUAUUACUAGCAAAUGUGCUGAUGAACAGAAGAUGCGAAGGGCUCGCAUGUCGAAAUGAAAUUCAUUUGUUUCUUUGAAUUCUAUGAACUUCAAACACCACCAGUUUUUAAUCCAGUUUAUCAAAUAAAAAAUGAAA